CAACCAAUUCACCACUAUCAAUCAAGGAAGCUCUCUUAACCUAAUUGGAUUCUAUCUACAUAGGUUAAAGCAGAAAUCAAGAGAAGAUGAUCAGGCUUCAAUUGACUCAAUAAAUCAUGCCUCAAUUGAUUAUAAUCAAACAAUAUAGCAUCCAAAACUUCAUACAAGAAAGAUCGUAACACAUGGAACUAGGGUUCCUCAAAACCUAAGUGAAGGGAAGUUAAUCCAUAGAGAAGAGAGAGACUGCAGAAAUCUGAUCUAGAUCUUCAAUCUCCAUCUCCAAGCUUGAUUCCCGAGCUCCAAUGGCGAAGAAAUCCUCCAAAUAGCUCCAAGAAUGUUCCCAAGUCGUUCUCUCUCUAGGGUUCAUCCCUUGGGUGUUUGGGAACCAAAACCCAGCUCUCCCUUUCCUUUGGCUUGAAUCUGCCUCAAAAACCCGAUUCUGGGCAAAACACGGUCGAGGACACGGUCAUGUUUUACUUAUUCCCGCCCUUGUUUUGCCCCCAGCAGCCCUCACGACACGCCCUCGGCAUUAAAAACACUAGCGGGGGCCAGAUAAAACACGACCGUGUUUUUAGGGUAGUCUGCCCGUGUUUUUACUGCCGAACCUGUUCUCCUAUAUUCAAUGCUUCGUUACUCCCUCGUCCGGACUCUGAAUCAGUCGCCGUUUGAUCCCAGACACUCGUAGUCUCGUCCUAUUUCUUUUCAUGACAAGCUUGCAUGAUUCUUUUUACAUAAAUGAGGCAGAAAUCAAUUCUUCUUCAUGUCAUGCUCGAGUUUCUUCUCCCGAAUCGCCAAUUGAUCUCUGAUUGACUUCAAACUUGCGCCUAUGCUUCACUUUACAUGCUAGGACCUGAAAUGUGAUAAAGGAACACAACCUAGCGUAAAAUAGGCCAAAGAAGAGAUAAUUCAAGCUUAAACGAUCAAGAAGUAGAGGGAAAAACAUGUGCAAAUAUCGAGUCAUCAGUGGGGGAGAGUUGAAGAUUAAGGAGAUGGAGGUGGAGUGUUGCCUAUUUGUGUUACUGGGAUCCACACUUUUUGUGGAUAAGAAUCAUGAUCGCCUUCGUCUUGCGAUUAACUUGUUUCUAAAGGACCAUCGACGAUUGACUGAUUACGCUUGGGGAACUGGUGCACUAGCCUAUAUCUACAGACAGUUGGGGGUGGCCAGACGAGCGGGUAGUAAGGCUGUUUUUGGUUGUUUGACCCUGCUUCAGGCUUGGAUAUAUGAGUACUUUCCUCUAUUUUUUCCGAGCCAGUUGUCGCAGUCUCCGGAUGCACCUCGUGCUUCCUCGUGGAUUUCUCCCUUUUGCCAGGUGGGGAUGAUACUAGACAGAGGCUAGCACGUUAUCGACAAUUGUUGGAUGAGCUUUCAGCUUAGGAUGUGACCUGGACUCCAUACGGACGAGAUGGCUACAUGGAGAUACCCCGCUCCUUGUUUACUGGGAUCAUUCGCUUUUCUAACAUUGUUGAGGGAUACGAUCAUGCACGUUGUCUGUGCCAGUUUGGAUACCGAAAGAUUAUCCCCCGUGCUAUGAUGGUACCACAUGACCAGUACCGUAUGGCUUCCGGCAGCAGUUACACAGUCCUUUGGGAUCCGUUUGUGAAUCAGUUGUGGGAUAACGUGGCAGCCCAUCGUCUAGAUUUGAAUUUUGCUUCUAAGCCGUACGAGCACCCAUCGGAGAUCGUGGAUGAGUACGUUGACUGGUAUCUGACUAGAUCACACCCACGGAUCACCCACCCCAGCUCUGAUGGGGUGCCUCAGCAGCGACCACUACUAGUUCAUUAGGUUAGUUAUGACUUUCUUUUGCUUUUCCAAAUAUAAAGGACAUUUGUUG